GUAUUUCACGUAUCAUCUGCCUGCCUGCCUGCGUGUUUUCUUCAAAUUCGAUCUCACCCUUUCCAUUCGCAAUUUUUAUCGCUUAAUUUUUUCAUAUGGCCUGAAAAUUCCCGAACUUUCUUCCUACAUUUCUCGUUAAUUCGUUUAUAAAUAAUAAAAAAAACGAUUGGGAUCCGAUUUUGAUUGAAUUUUAGAGAAAAAUUGGCUUCUUUUUCAUCAAUUUGUUCAAAAAUAGCUAGAAGAAAUUGAAAUUUGACGAGGAAGUUCUGGAACCAGGGUUUCGAAUAAUGAGGUUGAUGCAGGAGGAGAUGAUUGGGUACGAGAGCGAAGAGGAAAGGGAAAUGGAAUCGAGUAGUAGCUGUGGUUCAAUCGUUGAUUUGGGGUUUCAAGAAAAAUCGAUGAAGGUUGUCGUUGUAGGUUAUGCUCUUACAUCUAAGAAGAUCAAGAGCUUUUUGCAGCCAAAGUUUGAAGGUUUGGCCAGGAAUAAGGGGAUAUUUUUUGUUGCUAUUGAUCAAACGAGGCCUCUUUCAGAUCAAGGUCCUUUUGACAUUGUGCUGCAUAAGUUGUCUGGGAAGGAAUGGCAGCAAAUUCUUGAGGAUUAUCGGCUGACACAUCCAGAAGUUACAGUGUUGGAUCCUCCAAGUGCUAUACAACAUGUUUACAAUAGACAGUCGAUGCUUGAGGACGUUGCUGAUCUUGAUUUAUCUGAUGCUGCAUAUGACAUGCAAAAUGCAGGUAGUGUAGGUGUCCCAAAACAACUGGUGAUAGAGAAGGAUCCAUCAUCUAUCCCUGAUGCUGUUAAGCAGGCAGGAUUAGCCCUACCUCUUGUUGCAAAGCCUUUGGUUGCCAAGUCGCAUGAGCUGUCGCUUGCUUAUGAUGAGUACUCCCUUGAGAAGCUAGAGCCUCCCCUUGUUCUCCAAGAGUUUAUUAACCAUGGUGGUGUUGUGUUCAAAGUGUACAUAGUUGGGGAUGCGGUUAAGGUUGUGAGGAGAUUCUCUUUACCUGAUGUCAGCAAGCGUGACCUGUCAAGGAGAAGCGUUGGCGGCGUGUUCCGCUUUCCAAGGGUCUCAUGUGCUGCCCAGUCAGCAGACGAUUCAGUUGCUGAUUUGGACCCUUGUAUUGCUGAGCUUCCUCCACGAGCCUUGCUUGAACGCCUGGCCAGAGAACUUCGUCGUCGACUGGGUCUUCAUCUGUUCAACCUCGAUAUGAUUCGUGAACAUGGGACUAGAGACCGCUUUUAUGUGAUUGACAUAAACUAUUUUCCUGGGUAUGGUAAAAUGCCAGAAUACGAGCAUAUAUUUACAGACUUCUUACUCAACCUGGCUAAAAGCAAGUACAAGAAACGGUCUUCUACUACUAGUUUACCUUAGAAGAAUUUAAUCACCCCUCCCAUCACUCCAAUAAAACCACCACCUGUUCAAAAACAACAACAACAACAACAACAUGAACAAGAAAAAGAUGCUGGAAAAUGUUAUGUUAUUGCCAGUCACCCAUCCCAUCCGCCUGUGGUGGCCAAGCCAAGCUCAAGGAAGAUGGCCCCACCAUCAGUCAACAGCUUCUUUUAUUCUUCCCGUUUAUUAUGUAAUGUACCAAAUCCAAAUGCAUCAUUGCUUUGCUUGUAUAUAUUUGAUAUCAAAUUUCAAAUU